CCAGGUUCUACUCAUUUCACUACCGGCUGCAUUUCUUUUCAGCACCAAGCUGCUGUUUAACAAACCAAGCUAGAGCUUUGAAUGUUGAUGGCACAAGGUUACAGUCACGGCAUUAAAGUCUGCCUUGCCUGGGCUGUUCCAUGUCCAGUAAAUUAUGGGACCUAAGAAAGGCCGGCGUAACCUGAAACGACCUAAGACAGCAGAAGUAGCAACGAGACCCAAAGGACCCGCAGACGACCCCGAGGCUGGACCCACAGAAGCUCAGUCCAGCAGCAGUGGCACGGCCGGCUCUUUCCAGCCCUUCUCGGGAGCAGGACACAGGCUCGGAGAGGGACGUGGACCCUCCCAGAGCCUCCCAGCGCACAGAUGGAAAUACAGUGUGAGGCCAGCUGCUAGCUAUCUCCUGUUCCCUGAGCCCCAGACCAAACGGCCCCGCAUCAGUGAGGGCACACAGGGGUCAAAUAAUGCAAAACAAGUGAAAUAUGGUGCUGAAAUGACAUCUGAAUUUCUGGAGCCGGUGGACCGGAUGCCGCUGGUUUAUCACAUGGACGCCAGAGGUGACCAGAGCAUAGAUGCUGGAGAGGAGGACCUCCCUGAAGACUUCUUUCAGGUGACAGCAGAGGACAUCAAGAAACGUUACGCUCAACUCCAGACAGACAGGAGAGUGUUAGAGGAGGCCCCCCUGCUCACGUCUGCGCUGAGAGAGGAUCACGUGAUCAAACAGAUGCAGCGCCACCCAAAGGUGGUUAUCAGAGUGUGCUUUCCUGACAGACAUGUUUUGCAGGGGCUCUUCCGUCCAUUGGAGACAGUUAGCAACCUGAGGCAGUUUGUGAGGAAUCAUCUUGUUGACCCUCAGAUCCAGUUUACCCUCUACGGCGCUCCGGGCACCCUGAGGAUGGACGACCCCGGCGCUACGCUCCACGAGGCAAAUCUGUUCCCAACCGCUCUGCUCUACUUCUCCUCCUCUGGUUCACAAUCAGGUAGUUCCCUGCAUCCACGCCAUUUGAGUUCCACGGUCUCAGUUGCAGAGGCAAAUGUGGCUGCAAAAAGCUGCGAGCCGAGGUCACACACCUCAUCACACACCUCACUUGUUCCGGAAGGGUCUUUUCCGCUCCCCGCGGCUCCGGAGGCGUCGACCAAUCGGCAGAGGCCGGCGGCAGACAGCCGGAGGCCUCAGAAGAUCUCGUCUCGCCCCACACGCCAGCGCUCCGACCCCCCUGCGGGGACGCGCCCCAGGCCAGUGGGCACGGCGGACCAGCGCAUACCCAAGUGGCUCAAGCUGCCAGGAAAAAAAUGAAGAUUUGUUCUUGAAAAAAAAGUGGCUUUCUCUGUAGGAGCGGAACACUUUCUUCUUCAGAAAUUCAAAUGAGCUUUGUUCUUUCUGCCACUCACACGUCUCCCCUUUCAACUGAUUGGAAGGAUUUGGAGUCUAUAAAUUAGCCAUACAACUAGUCCCAGCGCAUUUUUAACUGGUUCCAAAAACAGUCAUAAUGGGUAACACAUUGGUUUUAUAUUCAUCUUAAGUCAGUGGAUGACCCACAAGAUUACCUACUUCUUAAUGUGUCGUUCAUUCUAAUGUAGCAAGUAAAUACUCAACAGAGAGAACUUCCAAACAACUUCAUCAACAAGAGGCUGGAAAUGAAGUCUCUUCACAAGUGAACCUGCUACAAUGUGAAUUAGCCAAAUUACACAAAUACUAAAAGGAAAUGUCACAGAAGGAAAGCUCUGGAAAUCAGCUAGUAAUCCUUUUGAUAUAGGGGUAUUGUUUUUGUUUUAUUUUAUUAAUUUUGCAUAGUAAGUUAAUAAUACAGUUUUUAUAGUUACAGUUUUCAUUUUAGAUCUGUCAAUAAUUCAGUGUAGGAAUCUAUAGGAACAGUUUUGUUCUGAAAGAUGGAUCUUUGACAGCUCAGGAGGGCUAGAUGUGAAUUAUUGCUUCAGUGAAAUGUUAGUUUCACCAGUUAUUUCUCUUAAACUCUCAGAGAAGAAAUCAUUUAAGAGAAAUAUGAGAAAGCACUUAGUUGUGAAAAUUUGCUAUAACUGACAGAAAAAAGCAGUUCAGGCCAUAGGCAAGUUAAAUGCACUUUAUUGUUAACUCUUUUUUUCCUCGACCACAAACACCAAGGUUGUCUUGAGAGUGAACAAAGGAUUGAAAUGUCUAAAUAUUUCCAAGCAUGAUUUGUAACCCCUUUGAGAUGUCUUUCUGGGGUGAAAUUUAGGCUACUACACUAGGUGUAAUCCCAAAUCUCACUUAAAAUGGCAUUGGAGACGAAGGAGAUAAAGUUUCCUUUUCUUAUUCUGGGAAUUUCCUCAAGUCAUUUAGCUUUUUAAGGUUCUGCAUUCACUUGGGUUCAGCAUAUUAGAAAUAAGCAUAAAUAUAAACAAGUAUCUGCCAUACAACAAAGUCAAUAAUUACAGCCAACGACGGAGAACCAGUUUCAUUUUGACCACUGUAGUGAAUAACAAAAAGCACAUGUAGCCUACAUGCCAUGCUAUGCCAUGGGUUGUAUAACCCAGACAUGUGCAUUUUGUCUUUGAUCAUAACCAGACAACAAAGUGUCAUACAUAAUUCCCACAGUCCUUUGAGAGACAGAAGGAUGCGUAGAUCAAGGCCUAUUGAGGCUUUGGUCAAUACAAACAUAAGCGACAGGUGUCAAAAUCAGUUACUGAGGAACUUGCACACACUUCACUACAAUUUCUAUGAUUAGUACCUUUUCUGUUCCGAUGUUUCACACCAGCACACACUCACAUACACACUCAUUCUCUCUCUCACACACUCAUACACACACACACACCCAAUGGCAGCUGCCGCCAUCAGUGACUUAUGAGCACGUCUGUCCAAAACAAGCUGGCGGAUUGGAGCCGGAUCAGUCUGCAUCUUGAAGGGGAACACUCUGUGCAGCGAGAUUGCUCCAGACCGUCUGGGCUGCCUGUCGACACCCCCCUUCUUUAAUGUCGGAUCAAGAGGAGCUCAAAGCCAUUACUCUCCCCACUCCGUGCCUAACCGCUUUCACAUGUCUCAUAUCCACCCCUUCACAUGUCACUUGUUCCACUGAGAGACACAGGGAGCAGUGGCCUCGUCUAAGAUUGCCUCCACCACGGCCUGGUGACAAUGUCUUUGCAUACUAUGACAACCAAUAAAGUGGACUGAAAUGGAAUCAGUCCGGGCCUGCUCUGAAAUCCAACACGAGCAAUAAUUAAAGAGGAUGUUUGCUUUCAUUAUUAGGGAAAUUCUUUAAACCACAUUUUUUUUUUAAAGGAAAAAUAAAUAAAUAAUAAAAAGAAA